AUGUCUUGUAGAGAUAUUGAACCACUUGUUGUUGCAAGAGUGAUAGGAGAAGUUGUAGAUAGUUUCAACCCAAGUGUGAAAAUGAAUGUGAUAUAUAAUGGAAGCAAACAAGUGUUUAAUGGUCAUGAACUCAUGCCUCUUGUCAUUGCUUCUAAGCCUCGUGUGGAGAUAGGUGGUGAAGACAUGAGAUCUGCUUACACACUCAUCAUGACUGACCCAGAUGUUCCAGGUCCUAGUGAUCCUUACUUAAGGGAACACCUCCACUGGAUUGUGACAGAUAUUCCUGGUUCAACUGAUGCUUCUUUUGGAAGAGAGAUAGUGAGCUACGAUAGUCCAAAACCAGUGAUCGGAAUUCAUCGAUACGUGUUCGUAUUAUAUAAGCAAAACAGAGGAAGACAAACAGUGAAACCACCAGUAACAAGAGAUCAUUUCAACACUCGAAAAUUUGCAGCAGAAAAUGGAUUGGGUUCCCCUGUUGCUGCUGUUUACUUUAAUGCCCAAAGAGAAACUGCUGCUAGAAGAAGAUGAACGUACGUCCAACUUCAUCAACAUCAACAAAUAAAUAAUAAAAUUAUGCAAAUUGAAUAAGGUGUAUCUGCACUAUGCAAAGUGA